AUGCCGCCACCGCCAGUCGAACUCAGCACGACGCUGAGUGACUUGUACUCGCUCGACGGCGGCGAUGCCAACGACAUAGCCUUAUGUUACACAAUCCCUGCGCCAUCUAGGCGUGCACUCUCCCUCUCAUGCCCGCUCUCGCAGAAAUACGCAUACCAGAGCCCAAGGAGUACGAAAGUGGGACCCGACACGACCGCUCGAUUCGUCCUGGGAUGCAUGUCUCAGUUCUACGGCUUCGUCGCUGGGCCGAUGGACCUCCAUCUGUUCGACAUCGACGCGACCAAGAUGGAGCGGGCAUACCAGACCUUCAGUUGGACGGCAGCCGAGCGAUCGCAUCGCCAGGACGCCCGCCGCACGUACGAACGCGUGCAGGCUUCGCAGCGACCUAAUCUGCACUCCAUCGAGACGCCCGGGCAGGCGGUGGAGCUGGGUAAGACCAAGAAACUCGCCACGGCGUCGCCCAUAGAUUUCCUCAACCACGACCCCCAGAUCACCGUGGUGCCGCAGGAAGCGCACUGGAAGAUGCUGAGCAAGCGCACCUUGGCAGAAUCCGGACUCCCGACGCCGCCGACGCAGAUCAUCGAGUCGCAGUUGGUCGCGCUGAGCAAUGGCGCCGCCGUCGAUCCCGUCAACAACCCUUUCUACCAGAGAGGCCUCUCCGACCCUUACGCCAAUGUCGACUAUGUCCCGGACAAGGACUCUGACAAGGAAACCACGCGGAUGAUGGCGGCACUUGUGGACCGUCCGUUGCCCUUCGUCGUCAAACUGCCUCAUGGCUACGGCGGACAUGCUGUCUUCGUUGAUCUUCUCCCAGGCAAAUCCAUCGCCGUGUCUUUCUUCGUCACCAAAGCCGGCCGUGCCGUAUUCGUGAGCGCCUCCGAAGAAGUCCACAACGAAGCGGGUUCGUGGACCGGUGCACUGAUGGACUACGCCGCCCAGGACGCGCUGUCAGUCCAGUCCAACGACAUCAUCAACACGGUCGCCGCGUAUGUCUACGAGAAGGGCUUCUACGGCCCCAUGGGCGUGGACGUCAUGACUGAUGACCAGGGCAAAAUCUACGUGAUUGACUUGAACGUGCGACACACUGGUAGCUACUCCCUGGGGCUGAUGAAGAAGCACUUCCUCGAAAACCAGAAAUUGCCCUUCGGCGGAUUGCUCGCGCCAAUACCGAUCAUGGGAGAUCGAGAUGCAUUCGAACGCAGAUUUGCAGACGAAAUCGAGAGCGGCAGACUGGUCAUCACUGCUUGGUGUCAUAGCAAGGUUGCGGGUGGUCUGGUUACUUACAAUGCCGCUGGCAUGAUUGCUGGCGCCGAGACUCGUGAGCAGUUUCUGGAAUUCAUGGACCGCUUGAAUGCGAUCACCAUCAAGAGGUAGGGUAUUAUCGUUUUUCGUGGAUAGAUCGUAGUAAUGUUAAUGCAC